AUAAUGUCAAAUCCAGAAUGGAUUUACCCGAUAUUUGUGCGCGCGAGGAUCUCCAUUUGCUUGCAGACGGAGUAGGUCCUAUUCCUAUAUGGAGAUUAGAUGCAAGCAAGAAGACCAAGUUUUUUCAGUGGAUAAUUGAUGAUGUUAAAUUUCAUGAUGGCUAUGCAUCAAAUCUAUCAUAUUGUGUUGAUGAUCACAGUGGUAGAUUAGCUGGGAUGAAAAGUCAUGACUGUCACGUCUUCAUGCAGCGUUUACUACCAUUUGCGUUUACACAACUCCUACCAAAUGUUGUCCAUGAAGCAAUUGCAGGGAUAGGUGCAUUUUUUAGAGAUUUGUGUUCAAGAUCUCUAACAGUCGAAGGACUACAUACACUUGAAGAUAAUAUCCCGAUUAUCAUUUGCAAUUUGGAGAAAUUAUUUCCCCCAUCAUUCUUUGAUGUCAUGGAGCACUUGCCUAUCCAUCUACCUCGUGAAGCAGCACUAGGCGGUCCAGUUCAGUACCGGUGGAUGUAUCCUUUUGAGCGUUAUAUGUUCCAUUUGAAGAAAAAAGUAAAAAAUCUUAGCAAAGUUGAGGGAUCAAUAGUAGCUCAAAGCAUAAACGAGGAGACUUCUCAUUUUUCGGCCUACUAUUUUGCUCCAAAUGUCCAAACAAAAGCAAGAAAACCAGGUAGGUACGAUGAUGGGGGUGUGCGGCCUUUUUACCAUACAUCUGUCCCAGAUAUCUUUUCUCAAAUCGGGAGACUGAGUGGGAAGAAAAGAGAAGUAUGGUUUACAGAUCAAGAAUUUAAUCACAUUCAUACUUACAUACUCCGGAACUGUGACGAUGUCAUACCAUUCGAGAAGAUCUUUGAUGAUCAAGUGUCUGGAGCGUAUCCAAACAUGACAGAGGCUCGAAAAGAGGAAAUGAAGCAGACACAAUAUGCUAAUUGGUUAAAAUAUUAUAUCAAAUCAGCCGCAAGUAGGCAGGAACACUAUCCAACAUGGUUUGAAGAGUUGGUUGGAGGUCCUCUAUCAAGGGCAAUGGCAUACCCGAUGUAUUGCACUCGAGGCUACGUUUUCAUAAAACGUCCAGGGAUUACUAACAGAAAAACAGUGAAUUAUGGGGUCGUUGUUCGUACAGAUUCGAUAGACUACUAUGGUGAAAUUACUGAUAUAUUAGAGGUUGAAUAUCCGGGAGUCAUAAAUUUGAAAUGUAUACUCUUCAAGUGUGACUGGUAUGAUCCUAGAGUUGGAAGAGGUGUUAGACUUACAAAGUAUGGUGUCACAGAGAUCAACUCGACUAAGCAGUUAAGAAAGUACGAUCCGUUUAUACUUGCAUCUCAGGCAGCACAGGUUUGCUACAUACCAUAUCCACAAGUAGGUGUUCGACAAUAUCCAUGGAUUACGGCUCAUCAAAUAAAUCCAAGAAGCAGAGUUGAUGGGGUGAAAGAAAAGGAACCGCUACAACAAAUUGCAGUAAACGAAAUUACGCAAGUAGAUCAAUCUGUCGGUGACAUUCCCCUCGUUGAUAUUGAGAACAUAGAACUCGAAGAGAUAUGGGAAAAUGCGGAAGACGAAGAGGAUGGAGAAGAGUUUGACGAUCAAAAUGAUUCUGCUAGUUCAGAUUAUUCUUCCGAUUCUGAGUAA